CCACACGCUGGCGGAGAUCAAAGCCAUCUUCCCCGGGGGACUCUUCCAGGGAGACACCUUCCGCAUCGUUCUGCUCGGAAUAUGAUUCCCGGAGGAAAGGAAGGUUCUACGGAUCACAGUUCAUGGGCCACGCAACUGCCAAGGACCUACUUCAGCAUUUCAAAGAGUGUGUGCAGCAGCUUGACCUGAGACAUUUGGUUUCUAUCUCAAUGGAUGGACCAAAUGUCAAUUGGAAGUUUUUCUCAAUGCUCCAACAGGAGCAUGCAGAUACAUUUGGAGGUGCCCAGCUGAUUGUGGUGGGGAGCUGUGGGCUUCACACACUCCACAAUGCCUUUAAAAGUGGCUUCAGUGUCUGGCAGAUGGAGAAAGUGCUCAGGGCAUUGCAUACACUCUUGCACAAUACCCCUGCUAGAAGAGAAGAUUUCUGCUCUUUGACCAAGUCAUCUGUGUUUCCCCUACCAUUCUGUGGGCAUCGCUGGAUCGAAAACCUACCCGUUGUCGACAGGGCUAUCACCAUAUGGCCAAUGAUGGUGAAGACCUUCACCACAUUUCUGACUAAGUAUCAGACAGAUGAGCCGGUGAUUCCAUUCAUCGGUAAAGAUCUGGCUGUUCUCAUGAAGAGCCUACUGAAGAGGUUCAUCAAGGCAGAGAUCCUUAAUGACAUCACAGCACUGCAAAUGGUCAAACUGGACACAACUGCCAAGGAAGCAAGGGCUGGCCUAAAGGCUGUGGACAUUGGAUUAGGAGCAGAAGUAGUCCUAAAGGAACUCCAGAGUAGCCCCAAGAGCAGCGUAGGGGAGCUCAGUGUGUUGGCCUUUAGAAAGGACUGCAUGGACUGUUUGACCAAUAUUGUCAAGAAAAUGCAAGACAAGAGCCCACUGAAGUACACCAUUGUGAGGCAGAUGGCAUGUUUGGACCCAACGAGCAUGUUCUCAGACCCCGACUUGUGCUAUGAAAGAAUGAAAGGAGUUGUUCAGAGGUUUCUGCAUGAUAACCAGCUGUCAGGAGGCGCCUCUGCUGGUGAUGUGAUUGUCCAACAAUUUGGAAAUUUCUUGUCUCUGGAGGCAAAACAUGAGUCAUUCUCCUCUUUCCAACCCAUGCGUACAAGACUGGACGUUUUCCUGCAUGGACUCCUCCAUCAAUCCUACCCUGAACUCUGGGCAUUCUGCAGGAAACUUCUGCUUCUCUCCCAUGGCCAAGCAACGGUUGAGAGGGGCUUUUCUGUAAACAAGGAGGUAGAGGCCGAUAACAUGAAGGAGGACACAGUGGUUGCUCAGAGGAUGAUCUGUGACUAUGUCUCUGUCUGUGGGGGGGUUCUCAAAGUACCUCUGACUAAGGAGCUUUUGGCAGCUGCAGCUUCAGCUAGGUCUCAGUAUCGGCUACACCUGGACCAGGAAAAGAGAAAGCAUGCGAGCAAUGCUCAAAGAGAAAAGAGAAAAGGUGCAGAAGACCACCUAGAGCAGCUCAAAACGAAGAAGAUACUGAUUGAGGUAGCAAACAGCCUGGAAAAAGAUGCAGACAAGCUAGCAGAACAAGCUGAGGGUAAAUCAGGCACACUCAUGGCCCAGCUAAUCACCAAGUCAAACAUCCUCAGAAGAAGACACAAAGAAAAACUCACAGAACUCAAAGAGGUAGAGAAAGAGCUGGAAGAUAAAUCGGCAGAACUCAGGCAUAUGCCAUAAUGUCAAAUUAGGCAUUACCUCUUCCUUACCUUCUUUUUUCACUGUUUCAAGUGUUUAUGUUCAUUUGUGCACAUGUACAUUGUUAUAAAUGGGUUAAGUACACUCUUUUGGGAAGGCUUUCUCAAGUGCCAGGUCAGUGUUUUGUUUAUUAUUAUUAUCUUUUGAUUUUGGUUGAUUCAAAGGAUGUCUGUCACACACAUACACACACUCACACAAGUUAUGUUAAGUUAUAUUUUGCACUUCAAAAGCACUUGAAAUUGCCAUUUAUUUAUGUAGUUAUUGUAUUUAUUAUUUUGUUCGAAAGGAACAGUAUUUUUUAUUUAUUUACUUGAUUUUAUAAGCAUUUGUUUAUGGGACCUAAAUGCUCUGAAAAUAAUAAAUAUAAUUGAGGACUAAUGACAUUUUUGUGUUCUCUUUUCGCAUUACACACAUUUAGCCGAUGUUCUUAAACUCAACCGGUUAUUAUCAGACAUCAGUGUGUUUACUUGGAAAGAUUACUGUAUAUUUCCCCUUUUGAUUUGUUUUUCCAUCGUAAGUUUGGUCUUAAAUUUCAUUAAGAAGUGGUAUUAAAAUGUCUUAAAAAGUCUUAAAUUUAAUUUGUUUAUACCUGUAGACACCAUGAAGGGAGGUUGGUUGUAGUCUUUUCACUCGGUUCUAUCCCUACUGUUGAUCCGGAGAACCGAGCGAAAAGACUACAACCAAAUAUAAACAUAUCCGGUUCCGGUUUCCGGUUCAAUGGGAUUACGGAACGCCAAAUAAAAUGCAACAGAAGCUGUAUUUCGCUACGAUGAUGUAUAUAAUGAUUUGACACGGCAUCCUCUGCGCAUUACUUCAGCUUUGAAAGUACUGCAUAUUGCAAUUCGAGUACCUUAAUUUGAGACCGUAAAAAACAUCCAAACCGCCGACAUUGAAUCUUUUCAGUUAAGGCGACAAACACUCCUGUACUGCCUCUCCGUGCGUCUCUGGCUGCGUCACUGACAAUGUCACAUGACCAAACAAGCUGUGCAUGGGCAAAAACACACAACGGCAACUAGACUAGGAAAUAAAUAUUGGCUGUUAAUAUCGGACCAGUUUUACUUAUCGGGCCGAUGCCGAAAUGUUAAAUAAUGACUAACAUCGGCCGAUAACUAUAUCACUGCCGAUAUAUCAUGUAUCCCUAACAAUAGGUACAUUUGUCAUAAGAAGUGCAUCAAUAUAUCGCUGUUGGUACAGAAAGGAUGUUCAUAGAACCAAGUGCAAGUACCACAAUCGCUAGGUCAAUCAAUUCCCCGUGUUACAGCUAGUGGUGCCGAGAUGAUGCCUCAUGAAACGUCAAAGCCUCUCAGCCAGAUGAACCACCAAAGUGGUUUGUGCUCGAAGCUUCAAAUGAGUACGCUAGGGACAUCUAGUGGUGAAUGAAAUUAUGACAACCCAACCCAAAAUGUGAUUUUUGCUUCGUGUGUCGAUACAACAUUAAAUCAUUUGAGAAUUGAAGUCAUUUCAGUGAUACAUGUGUGUGAGUGUGCCAUUCAUAAAUGUCUCCAGAGCUCAUGUUAGAAAAUGAAUCAUUUGGCAAAAGAGUGUCUUAUCAGCUACUAGGGCUGUCAAAACGAACUUCGCUAUUCGAAUAUAAUUCGAAUUUUUUAAAAAGGAGAACAUUCGAGUUUGGCAACUGACGUUCGAACUUUUUUUUUAUUUAUUUUUUAGCAAAUUUUAUUGACAAGUCAAGAAUUACAUUUAACUUUUGCCGAGCAACGACGCAAAUGAAAGUCAACGUCGUGCGUCGUGACGUUCGGCAAUCGGCAUUGUAUGCUUACAAGAUGCUGGGAAGCAGCGCGCGAGCAGACACAGAGAUGGAAAGCAUAACUUUCGGAUUUCCAUCGAGAAACGGGAAGAUUACAUCCAGAGAACCCGUCAUUUGCAAAUUAUGCUGCAAGUCGUUAAAGUACCACUCGACUACGAGCAACAUGAGCGCACACCUCCAUUCAGUGCAUUACUCGGAGUACGCAGAACAGUUAGCGGCGAGCCACGGUCAAAACAGCCAAGAAUAACAUCGUAAAAUAGCAGUGUGUGUGUGUGUAUUUGAAUGAUUGAACUUCAGCUUCUUCAUUAAACAUCAUUGCUUGAAUAUUUCUGGCGUUAUAUCUUACGUAUUUAUAUAAGUUUUGUAUUGAUUUGGUAAAACUUGUUGCAAAUGUUACAUAACAGAUUUGGUUGACGCGCCCUCUAGUGGACGCGGGACGUAGGCCUAAUAAUAGGAUGGUAUCGGUGUAUAUAAUGAUAUAAUAAAAAAAACAUUAAAAUAUUCGAAUAUUAUUCGAAUAUUCAACAUAAGAAGCAUUAGAAAUUCGAAUAUGAUUUGAGGGGAGGAUUGACAGCCCUAUCAGCUACAGUACUACAUUUAGCAGACGCUUUUAUCCAAAGCGUAUUACAUUGGCUAAUGCACACGGCAGAGUCGGUGGACAUGGGUUAUUGAAUUUUUUUUGGCA